GCAUACAACUGAUGUCAUAUACAUGAUGAUUCUAGGAUUCUUUUAUGUCACAAAAAUAUUGGAGUCUACUCCAGAUAAUCAAAGAAUCUCAAUUUCUGGUGAAGUAGAGACUUUACGUCGUUGACGUCAGGUCUCCAAAACGUAAACCCAAACGAGUUGUACUCGCAGCUGUAACUGUGCGUUGUAGCUUUAUUCGUCGAUAUCUACAUCUUCAACAUGACACAGCUUCCCCAAAAAAAACGAAAUAUUCAAAUGCCCUCGCAAACUUGGCGAGCGUAGUAUCGACCUACUAACCUCGUACACUACCGGAGCAAACCACGAUGCAAAUGCCAUCUCGUUUCCAGCGUCGCGAUCAUCUUGGCAUCUAAUAAUGGACAGCACACAACAACAAACGAUUCCCAACUCGAUGAACAGCCCAAAACCAGCCGAGAAGUGCAGGUUUGUGCGUUGCAAAGGCAACGGAAACGGCGUGGAAUCAAUUGGACGGGAAAUUGGGAACAAUGUUAUGGUGGUACGAUUGUGUUGCACGCUUCUUAUUCGUAUAAUGACCACUAUGCGUUGCGCUACUCACCGGAAAUGCGGAAAAGAUCGAAAUGACCUUCUUUUCUUCACUGCUGCUCGUCUGUUUUUGGUUGGGCAGUAGCCUGAGGAAAUCGUUUGGGAGGAAGAGGGCUUAAAUGCUUCUUACUAGCAAAUCCGCCCUCGGUCUCAGGCACAUUGAUCGAAAGGAGCGUAGCGUAAUGGAGAACGCAUCAAAGUACAAAAUAAAAAGGCACAUUCACUUCACUCACUCUUUCUUCUUGACUUUGACUUUGGAGAGUGUCGGAGUGGGUAAUUGAACAAGCGACUUUUCCAAACGUUCGACACGAUUCAGCUAUGCAAAAAAGGUAAAGGCGAUUGACUACCGUGAGGAGUAGUUUUAUUAUUAGUAAAGAUCGUUCUCCUUUCCGUUUUUCUUGCCCGUUCCGUUUGUGCUCAUCUUCCGUGGUGUCCAUAGCCCACUCCCUCACAGCAUUGUUGAUGCGGGAAGCUUUCUCCUGUACCCUGUCCACAUUUACAUUAUGAUUGCCCGUUCGCUGGUGGGUAAAGAAUGGAAAGGAACUAGCUCUUCAGAUACGCAUAUGGCUGGUUAUGUUACUCCACAGCUCAGUAGCGCCCUGCUACACGGUGGUGGAAUGCAAUCUAAAUAAUUCAAUCGUUAGCUUUCAUAAUGCAGGGUUCGCAUGUUCAAUAGAGGUGGAAAGAAAGGUACAGUGUACAGCACAAUGAAAGCUGGUCUUCUGUCUAUAUUAAAUGAUUGAAAUUAACUAUUUUGUUUUCAAGUUCGACCCGAUAGCAACCGAUCAGUCGAUGGGGGGGUUUUGUUUUUGGAUCGUUGGUAACCCUGCAACGUGUAGUGGUUAUGCGUUAUAAACUCUGGCCGCCGCGCAUAGUGAUCUACUUCACGGCCGAAGAUCGGUAACCCGGGACCCGUACGAUCGUAACUCCCUUUUUCUUUCACGGUACACUUUCUUUCGCUCUCCUUCUAUACCCUCGUUUCGGCUUUUUGUUUCACCGGUAAACCGGGACGGCAAACGGCCCGGGCCCCAUUUGCUGAGCGAGACUCUCUCGCGUGCCGAACGGGGGGAAUACGGUGCACAGGUCCGAUCCGAUUACCUUCUCCGAUGGGAACGUCCGCUUGGUUUGCCGUCCAGGCUCAACAUUUCAUCGCGCGACGUUAUGCAAGACGGUUCAGUUUUUCGGUGAGUUCCGUACCCGUGGUCUCACAUUCUCAUCCGUGGUUCGUUCGUGUUUUUUUUUGUUUGGUUAAUUGUACCGGUGCGUGUUAUAUGUGUGUGGUGUGUUGUUCGGUGACGCUCCGUGCUUUUACGCGUUUUUACUCUGGAGGCUCUGCUCCACUCGGUUCCGCUUCACAUUGACUUUGAAAAUUUCAAAGCCAAAUACGAUACGAUCUUACUGCACCUUCCCCCCUUAUGUGUUUACGCUUGAUGUACACGUGUGAUCCGUGUGGCAAUACGUGUGUAAUUUGUGUUUUUAGUGUAUGAAAGGGUUAUUAUUAGCAAAACAAACCAAGAAACUUUUUUUUUCUGGAAAGAGACGUUGAAAUCUGAACUGUAGACAGUAGUAGUCGAAACAAUCACUACCUCCGAAAUGUCCCAAUCAACCUCGCAGGAAUUCUGGAGAUUCUGGCUUUUGGAACUCUGGAGAUUCUAGCUUUUGAAACUCUGGAGAUUCUGGCUUUUGGAACUCUGGAGAUUCUGGCUUUAAGAACUCUGGAGAUUCUAGCUUUUGGAACUCUGGAGAUUCUGGCUUUUGGAACUCUGGAGAUUCUGAUUUUGUUCCAACAAAACAUCAACUAAAGUUUCCAUUAAACAUACGAGACUGUGACAGCCAGUUGUACAGCACAAUAUCUCUGUGAGCAAGUAUUAUAAACUGUUUGUGGCUGCCAACCACUCAACCGCAGCCCUAAACCGUUCAGCAUCGGAAUAGAGCGUCGAUCAGCCGACACCGGAAAUGGUCUUUUGUCUUCUUUCUUAAUCACGUUCGUUCUUCGCCUGUUGGCGACUGUUUGUUGUCCCGUGGUACCGUUUGACCAGUAACUGAUCAUGCUCACCGUGCCAUGGAGAGACAAUCAAGACAGCAAGCCAUCUAGAUGGCCAUUGGCAUCGUCUUGUUGUCCAUUCCCUCUCACCUGAAGAACUUGCAAUAAAAGUAUCUUUGUGUUUCUGUGUGUGUGUGUGUGUUUGUGUGUGUUUUUGUACACUAAUACCUUAAGAACGUGAGGUAGAGAACUUGUUGAAACGCACCACAAUUUAUUUCGUGAAUUGAAAUCAGUGUCAAUCAGUGUGGGGGAAAAGAUUCAAUUGUUUCGGCAUUCAUUUGAUGCCACGUAGUUUUUUGUUUGUUUGUUGGUGGUUUGGGAACAUUUUUGCACAAAAGCGCGAUAAAAAGUGAACAAACUGACCUCAAAAUAUUAGCCGCUGUCAACAAUCUGACACUAAAGUGUCGUUCCAUUCUUCACGAUCAACCAUGUGGCGUGCAAUCGCUUACGCUGGACAUAGUGUACAAUCAACCAAAGCGAAAGGUGUAUCCGAUUUGCAACAGUUUUGAUUGCGAUCUAAGCGUUCACGUUUGUGCUCUAGGAGCGAACAAUUGGAAACUAAGAACAUAGAAGUCUAGCAAAGUGGUGUGAUAAAUGUAAAACUUCAAUAGGAAAAGAGAGAAAUAGUAUUUUGGGUAUGAAAAAAGAGUUAAACAACAUAAAACGAAUCACAGCACCCGAAAAGAAACAUAGCUUUCCUAGAAGAUUGCACUAGAAAUAAUGAAAACUGUCGUCAAGUGUUUAUAACCGUCGAAAACAAACUGUAAAAAGGAGAAAAGCAACACUCAACGUAUAAAGCGAAAUAUUAAUAUCCCGUACUUCACCUGCCCGAUGUCCGAGCGAAGUGGUUGUUGUUUUCCGUAUUUAAAUUAAAAAGGGUUAAAACGCUUAAGAUCGCAAGAUGACCACCACUUACGCAUCUUGUUUCCCGUACAAUGAGUUUUCAUUUUUUCUUUAUCCCCUCCCGAGAGUUACAGCGCAACCUACCGUACUCCGGAAAUUGGGUUUUUUUUGGGUUUUGAAAAGAAAACCCAAAAGAGUUCCGUUUGAAUGGGUUUAGAUUGGGUAGAGAGAAAGGAAAUAGAAGGAAUUUACGUUCUUGAGCAUUCCAAAUGGUAUUCUUUGGAUAUAAAGGUUUAGUUACCGGUAAGUGGUCAGAUUCUAGGUUCUAAUACGAUGCAGGAUACGAUAUGAUGGGGAAUAUAGACAUUUUUUGCCAUAUUAGUUCUCCAGUGUGAUGUCUAUCUGUACUCUCUAUUUUUGGACAGUACCUUUAUGGAGGAACCGGUAAAGAGCUAACCUCAAAUUGCAUCUACCGUUUUUAGUUUUGCGACUAUGUUUAUUUUUAAUCAUUCUUGAGUCGCUUACCAUAACCAAACUCCAAACCGUGUGUGUACGUGAUGGGGUGUAUAAAAAAGGUUGCAAGAAGCUUACGAGUACGGGAAAGGAAAAACCAAAAUCCUCCGUUACGGGAACCGUUGAGCAACCGGCUGUGUUAAAAAUGCUUUUAAAAACCCUUAAACAUUCCGGACAUGCACGUCGAUCGUAGCUGUACCGAAGGCAUACAGUUCGGAGGGAGGGGGUGUUUGAGAUCGAGGAAUGGAGUAGAUGGUAGUAAAAACCUCCACCAGGGUGUGAAGGGCCCGAGAGGCUUUUGCAGACGGAACUAUCACACCUUAAGCGGAGCACUCGCAUCCAUACGGUGGAGCAUGUUGGGCAUGCUACUACAUAACACCGAACCAGCGGUGCCCACCGUUGAAAGUGUUUCCUGAAAUAAACUUUAAUAAAUUAACUACCUCGCUAGUUGUUUCCUGCCGGUAACGAAGAAGAACAAAAGAAUUGUGUUUAGUUUGCGAUAGUUGUGGCUGUUUUGCGUUGAUGGGGAAAGUAACAAAACCCGUAGUGGCAUCGCGAGUUAAGCAACUGUACAAAAACUUUACGUCCAGCGUAUGUACGAGAAUUUGUUCGUAUACUAAAAAUCACAUCCUAUUUUAGACGUAGGUUAAUCGUUAAGUAGUCGGCAAUAUUGGGUGAACUACUGUGUGCAAUUAGUUCAAGGAAUCAACGUUGGCUCCUGGAGGUUAAGAGAGUUCCAAGCAGCUGAAGAGUCUGCACGGCCGCCAUCAUGGGCUUUUUGCAGGAUUUACAACUAAAGGGUUCGGAUCCAAGGGUGGCUACCUGUCGCGGUAAGCUGCAAAGCAAACGAUGCAAGCUAAACCAGGAAAUCAACAAGGAGCUACGGCUCCGGGCAGGUGCCGAAAACCUUUUCAAGGCCACCACAAACAAGAAGCUCAAGGACACGGUAGCGCUAGAGCUGAGCUUCGUCAACUCUAACCUGCAGCUGUUGAAGGAGCAACUGUCCGAGCUGAACUCCUCCGUUGAGAUCUACCAGAGUGAAGGUCUUGACUACGUUAUACCGAUGAUACCUCUGGGGCUGAAGGAAACGAAGGAGGUCAACUUUAUGGAACCAUUCUCGGACUUUAUUCUGGAGCACUACAGCGAACCGUCACACAUCUACGAAGAUGCAAUUGCGGACAUUACCGAUACAAGACAGGCCGCAAAAACACCGACCCGAGAUGCGCAAGGUGUAUCGCUACUGUUUCGCUACUACAACCUGCUCUACUACGUCGAACGACGCUUCUUCCCACCGGAUCGUAGCUUGGGCGUGUACUUCGAAUGGUACGAUUCACUGACAGGCGUACCCUCGUGCCAGCGUACGGUUGCGUUCGAGAAGGCGUGCAUACUGUUCAAUCUGGCCGCGAUCUACACCCAGAUCGGUGCACGGCAGGACCGUUCGUCGGAGAAGGGUUUGGAUGCGGCGGUAGAUAACUUUCUGCGUGCGGCUGGCGUUUUCCGACACAUCUUCGACACGUUCACGAACGCACCGUCGAUGGAUUUGAAACCACAGGUGUUGGAAGUCCUAGUCGCGCUAAUGCUCGCCCAAGCUCGUGAGUGUCUGUUUGAGAAGUUACUCCUGCAGGUGGAAAAUCUGCCAGCCGGUAGGGAAUGUGUGCAGAAUCAUCGUGAUCUGUCCGGUGAGGCAACGCAGCUAGCUCUGGAAUAUAGGGAAAUACAUCAGAUAAUACACAGCAACGAUGCCCAUACGUAUCUGCCCGAAUGUUGGGCAGGUCUGGUACCGCUCAAGUCCGAAUACUACAAAGCACUGGCACACUAUCACGCGGCGAAGACGAAAACUGGCACUAGCAACGGAAAUGAGGACAGUGCACUUAUCAGUAGUACCGGUAGCAGCAAUCGCUGCAAGCAACGGUAUGGUCGAGGACUCGAACCGAAGGAUACGUUCAUCUUUGACGAAACGUCGUUCGAGUCCGAUCUGGACCCGACCGCCCUCCGGAGGGCACACCUGCGCGAGUCGCUCGCUAGUCACGAGGAGGCACAGCGCCUGCAACGUAUGUGCCGCGAGCUGAAGAACAAAAUAGCCUUAUCGAAGGUGCUAAACUACGCGCACGAGCGUACGAGCGAGGAGCUGGAGGAGAUGGAACUCGACCGUAGCUGUACGGUUAGCUCGAACCUAUCGUCCGCACUGGACGAACCGGAUCUAGAUGUGCUGGACGUGACGCUGAACGCAACGUCCAAGUUUACGAUCUCGCUAACCGGGCCCGACUUUACGAUGCACAAAAUUGAAGAUCCGUUCCGUAAGCUUGGUCCGAUUGCGAUCUUUUCGGCCCGGCGUCACUGGACGGCGCCGCGCAGUGUCCGGCUGCAGAAGGGUGGACCAUCGUUUAUGCUGGGCGGUGGUACGUUAGAUCGCCGACAACCGUACCGGGAUGGGGUGAGCGUUGGUAAUAGUAGCAGCAGCCGUAGCAGCAGCAACGCGUUACAGCGCAACCAGUCCGGCCGGUGCUGUGGCGAGUGCGCUAACAAGACGAACUAUUACAACGACAGCCGGGCGUGUGAGGUUUGCCUGAAGGAUGUCUGCAACGUGUCCGAACGUGAGUUCCGGGAGUUGAAGCUGCAGGACGGUGAGCAACAGACGUAUCGUACGGAAGGUGAAGAUAGUAGGGAUAUUAGCAGCUUCGGCUUUAACGUACGGGGUGAUGCGCCGGUUAUGAUAUCGACGGUGGAAAUCAAUUCCCUGGCAGAUCUUGGUGGCAUUAAGGAAGGUGACUUUAUCGUGGAGCUGUGCGGUGUCGACGUGAAAUGGUACACAUUGCAGCAGGUACUGAAACUCAUUCGCAACUGUGAAAGCAGUCUCGAACUGAAGGUCAUCACACCGAUGGAUCGAAACUAUCUAAAGCCAAUGGCGAUGAGUCACAGCAGCAAGGGUUCCAUCUCGACGCUGUCCGGCAGUUCGUCCGGUAUCUCGUCCGGUGCACCGUCCCCAACCGGUACCACGACGAAAUCGACCAAGACACGGACGAAGCUCGGCAAAACGCGCCUGAGCAGCUUCACCUCCGGCAACUGGAACCCGUUCCGGCGUACCCAAAGCCUGGGCAAGAUAUUCUAAAAUUGCCGUGGUUUUGUUGGUUUUUUUUAACUAAGCGUUUUUUUCUACAAGUUUUACAGUCGCAUUCCUGCACGAAUGUUUUACAUGCCAUUUUCAGAUAACAGUGUAUAGUAUGUGAGAGGAAGGAGAAGGAUAAGAGAAUAGGGAUACAUGUAUUUACGGUUAUAUGCUACAAAGUGAAUAGUGCUUAAUUUUUAGUGGUGCAAAACAGUAGUAAGUAAGUGAUUACUCUAUCGUCCAUCGUUAAUUGCUGGAAUGUAGCAUAAUUGCAAGGAAAAUAAAAACAAUAGCGAAAAACUGUGCUGUUAGAUUUACGUUCAGACAAUACAAUUUUACACAUAAUAAACGUAUAUAGUGAAAUGAAAACUAA